GCACAAAAAUGUGAUAGAACAUGCUCUCUUCUUAUCCUACUUUCUCCUCCUAACAAAAUAUCAACAAUAUUGAUGAGAUUGAGAUUGAGAGAUGGUGGUGGUGGUGUUGGUGGAUAGUCUGUUAAAGAAGACGUGAAGAAAGAGAGAAAUUAAGAAAAGUACAUUCAUGUCCACAACAAUCACGCCAAAAAGUUUUUUAGGCUCUUUUUGCAUGGGAUUUGGAAUUCUAGUCAAAUUCACGAUACCUUCCAUCUCCAACUCACACUUCUUUUCUCUCAUUCGAAUCCCAUUUCACCCUCAUGAUUUUUAACCCUUCUCAUGCAAUAUAGCUCUUAUUAUAGUUAUAUAUAAUAUAUACAUAUAGUUGUAAGGUAUAUAUAUAUAUAUAUAUUAUAUGAGGAACACAGCUGCGAACGAGGUAAUGAUGGAGAUAGAGGCAAACAAGCCGCAAGGGAAUGGGUUGAUAGUAGGAGGAGGGCUGAGUCCUCUGAGUGAGACUUUGUGGAAGGAUAAGGCGAAUGUGGAGUUGGUUGGGGAUGUGUCGGCAAGGCUCACUUGGAAAGAUCUGACUGUGAUGGUCACUCUCAACGGUGGAGAAACACAGAAUGUUCUUGAAGGUCUCACCGGUUACGCCGAGCCGGGAAGUCUCACUGCCCUCAUGGGACCUUCCGGUUCCGGCAAAUCUACUCUGCUUGAUGCCCUCGCUAGUCGGCUAGCUGCCAAUGCUUUCCUCUCUGGCACAAUCCUCCUCAAUGGUCGCAAGACCAAGCUCUCUUUUGGGACUGCUGCCUAUGUGACACAAGAUGAUAACUUGAUUGGUACUCUAACGGUUCGAGAAACGAUCUCGUACUCGGCUCAACUGCGUCUUCCUGAUAUGAUGCCUAGGGCAGAUAAGCUUGCAUUGGUUGAGAGUACCAUAGUAGAGAUGGGCCUUCAAGAUUGUGCUGAUACCGUCAUUGGGAAUUGGCAUCUACGUGGUAUUAGUGGUGGAGAAAAAAGGAGGGUCAGCAUUGGCCUUGAAAUCCUGAUGAGGCCAAGAUUGCUCUUCUUGGAUGAGCCUACCAGUGGACUUGAUAGUGCUUCGGCCUUCUUUGUUACACAAACAUUGAGGGGUUUGUCUAGAGAUGGAAGGACUGUGAUAGCCUCCAUUCAUCAGCCCAGCAGUGAAGUUUUCGAGCUAUUUGAUCGGCUGUACUUGCUUUCGGGAGGCAAGACUAUAUACUUUGGCCAGGCUUCUGAAGCAUAUGAGUUCUUCGCACAAGCCGGAUUCCCAUGCCCCGCGUUGAGAAACCCCUCGGAUCAUUUUCUCAGGUGCAUCAAUUCAGACUUUGACAAAGUUAAGGCCACUCUGAAAGGUUCCAUGAAACUAAGGUUUGAGACAAGUGAUGAUCCUGUGGAGAAAAUCACUACAGUUGAAGCUAUCCGAACUCUUGUUGACUUCUAUCAGUCUUCACAGUACUAUUACUCAGCAAGAGAAAGAGUCGAUGAAAUAUCCAAAUUUAAAGGAACCGUGCUAGAAUCUGGAGGGAGUCAAGCAAGUUUCUUCAUGCAGUCAUUUACCCUAACCAAACGUUCGUUCAUCAACAUGUCAAGGGACUUCGGAUAUUACUGGCUCAGGCUUGUGAUUUACAUUGUGGUUACUAUCUGCAUCGGAACCAUAUAUUUGGAUGUUGGGACAGGUUACACUUCCAUUCUGGCUAGGGGUGCUUGUGCCUCUUUUGUAUUCGGCUUUGUCACGUUCAUGUCAAUUGGUGGAUUUCCUUCCUUUGUGGAAGAUAUGAAGGUUUUUCAAAGAGAGAGGCUGAAUGGCCACUACGGUGUGACUUCAUUUGUCAUCAGCAACACAUUAUCCGCGAUGCCAUUUCUGAUUCUGAUCACCUUUCUCUCCGGAACUAUCUGCUAUUUCAUGGUCCACCUCCACCCUGGCUUCGAACAUUAUGUAUUCUUCGUGUUGUGCCUCUAUGCCAGUGUCACCGUCGUUGAGAGCUUGAUGAUGGCCAUUGCUAGUAUUGUCCCUAAUUUCCUCAUGGGUAUCAUUAUAGGGGCUGGAAUUCAGGGAAUAUUUAUGCUAGUCUCUGGGUACUUCAGACUCCCAAAUGACAUCCCCAAGCCAUUCUGGCGUUACCCAAUGUCUUAUAUCAGUUUCCACUUCUGGGCUCUACAGGGGCAAUACCAAAAUGAUCUAAAAGGCCUGAUUUUCGACAACCAGACACCUGAUCAGCCCAAAAUUCCUGGUGAAUACAUAUUGGAAUAUGUGUUCCAGAUUGACGUGAACCGAUCAAAAUGGGUGGAUCUUAGUGUUCUCUUCGCCAUGAUUAUCAUCUAUCGCAUCUUCUUCUUCUUAAUGAUCAAGGUCAAUGAGGAUGUGACUCCUUGGAUCAGAGGUUACAUGGCCAGGAGAAUAAUGCAGCAGAAGAGUGGGAAUCUGAAUACUACAGUGGCUCCGUAUGGUCUCAACCAUUCUCCUUCUUUGAAGAAUUACGUGGCCAAUCGUGCAACUACUGGAGCUAGUAAGAGCUAGAAGACUGAUCAGUACAACAAUAUGUUUUCUGGAAAAAAAGGAAGAAGAAUGUAUCGAGUUAUUUGAUAUUCAGUCCAUAUUUUGGCUCUUUGUUUAACUUCAAAAUUACACUUAAAUAGUAUGUAGUGAGAUAUUUGAUUUACAGAGAUAAUGGUUUGGGAAAUAGGGGAGACAAAAAAAAAAAUAUUGGAAUGAGAAAGUUUCAGUCAUGAUAAUGGUAAAAUCAAAGCUCCUUCUGCUCUA